AGUAACACACCACUAGUCUUAAUUAAAUUCAUCCUAUAAAUCAUAUACUCUAUAACAAAUAUCAAUACACACAACUUAUAUAUAGUAAUUAAUGGCAAUUUUAAAGAAGAGUAACACAUUCAACUCCAAAAAUGUAGUGUCCACUGCAGGACAGGUUAUCACUUGCAAAGCUGCUGUGGCAUGGGGUCCCGGUCAACCCUUAGUCGUUGAAGAGAUUAUAGUGGACCCUCCACAAAAGAUGGAGGUCCGAAUUAAGAUCCAUUUCACUUCCAUUUGUCAAACUGACCUUGGUGCUUGGCUAGGCAAGAAUGAAGCUCAGCGAGCAUUUCCACGAAUCCUUGGCCAUGAAGCCUCGGGGGUGGUGGAGAGUGUAGGAGAAGGAGUGGAGGAUAUGAAAGCAGGAGACCAAGUGGUUCCGAUAUUCCAUGGCGAGUGUGGGGACUGCGCUUUCUGCAACUCGAAGACUAGUAAUCUAUGCAAAAACUUCAGGGUGGAUCCCAUGAAAACCGUCAUGGUCAACGAUGGAAAGACAAGGUUUUGGACGAAGCAAGGACAGCCCAUUUACCAUUUCCUCAACACUUCCACAUUCAGUGAAUACACGGUGAUUGACUCGGCCUGUGUGGUCAAGAUCGACCCCAAUGCGCCGCUUAAAACCAUGACCUUGCUCAGCUGUGGUGUGUCCACUGGUCUUGGGGCUGCAUGGAAUACCGCCAAUGUGCAACCCGGAUCUACUGUUGCUGUUUUCGGUCUGGGAGCUGUUGGUCUUGCGGUCGUUGAAGGAGCUCGGUCUAGAGGAGCUUCUAGAAUCAUUGGGAUCGAUAUAAACUCCGAGAAGCUUAGCAAAGGUCAGACCAUGGGAGUCACUGAUAUUAUCAACUCAUUGGAGCUAAGUAGACCAGUCCAUGAGGAAAUUAGAGAAAUAUUGGAAGGAGGAGUAGACUUUAGCUUUGAGUGUGCAGGAAACUUGGGCGUUCUUCGUGAGGCUUUUCUAUCAACACAUGAGGGUUGGGGAAUGACGGUGCUACUAGGAAUUCAUCCGACACCAAAAACACUGCCAAUCCACCCCAUGGAACUAUUCGAUGGUCGAAGAAUUAUUGGAUCUACAUUUGGGGACUUCAAAGGCAAAACUCAGCUCCCACACUUCGUUAAACAAUGCAUGCACGGGGAGGUGAAGUUGGAUGAAUUUAUAACACAUGAACUUCCUUUCAGUGAGAUCAACCAAGCUUUCAAGUUACUUAUGGAUGGCAAAUCAUUAAGAUGCAUUCUGCAUCUUUAACUAGUAAUUAAACUCCAUCCAUCCAUCUUUAAUUAAUGAUCAAUCAUAUACACGUACACUACUCGAUCUAAUUAUUCAAUUCAAACAUUCCUUUAGCUAAUUAAUUCAUGGGGAUGGAUCGAGUCCCCAUGUAUGCAUUCCAUCAAUUCAAUUUAUUUGUAUCUGGCCUGCAAGCAAGCUUUACGUUUUCGUUGUACGUCCUUGUAAGUAUAAUUAACGAAUCAUGAAACACUUGUCAAUAAUUUGGGAACA